CACACCAGUGUCUGUCAUAGGAAAUGACGUCAGUUGCCCUUGGCCUGGAUUUACAACGUGUUUUGUGCGUGGAGGUUUGCAGUCUGAAAUUAUCAUGUGAGAUAAAAUUAACAUUUUCAGUCGCGUGAUUCAUUGGUUUUGUCUCUCAGUCUGAGUAAAAUGCCUCUACUUAAGUAUUCACCAAAAAUAUGGGAUGCCUUGAAGCUGCAGAAAGGCAUCUACACCCGUCUACCCCAGCACUAUCUCCGCUCUUUGCAGGACACCACCCCCCCAAUCCCAGUGCACUGGAAAGCUCUAGGGGUCAAAUACAGGGUCAACCCUGAAACCAGCCAAAGGGAGCGAGUGCAGGAUGUGCCUAUUCCAAUUUACUAUCCGCCUGAAUCACAGGAUGGGCUCUGGGGUGGAGAAGGCUGGAUAUCUGGGUUUAGAUAUGCGAACAAUGAUAAGCUCUCUACAAGGCUGCGCAAAACCUGGAAGCCACAGUUGUUCAGCCGAGAGCUGUACAGUGAACUCCUCGACCAAAAGUUCAAUGUGACGGUCACAGCUCGCACACUAGACCUCAUUGAUGCAGCUUAUGGCUUUGACUUCUACAUUCUUAAGACCCCAAAGCAAGAUUUGAACUCCAAGUUUGGAAUGGAUCUAAAACGUGCAAUGCUUUUACGUCUGGCACGGAAAGACACUGGUCUCUACCCUGACGAUCCAUCUCGCAGGGAGAAGAUCUACAACCGUUACAAGCAGCAGUUCGAGAUCCCAGAGGAGGAGGCUGAAUGGGUGGGAUUAAGCCUAGAGGAGGCAGUAGAGAAGCAAAGACUAUUAGAAAAAAAGGAUCCAGAGCCUCUUCACAAGAGUUUGGUGGAGAAGUUUGUGAAGGAGCUUGCCAUCAAGAAGCUCUCAGAGCCUCAGAUUGUAGAGAAGAAGUGAAGAUGUGUAAACUUCCCUCUCUUCCUUGAUAUCUGCUGGCUAAUUGUAAUAGCAGUCGGGAUAUUGAUGAACAUACAAUUAUGUAUUUAUUUAGUAUUAACAUCAGCAACGACAUGCGACAUAUGUUCUGUAAAUAAAUGUCAUUUUUACUUACAUGACCCUUCAAAAAUAUAUUUUUGUUUUUGAAA